AAUUCACUGUGUAAAAAUUCCAUAACAUAAGAGAAACAUUUAGAUAAACAUUUAGAAGAGAUACACGCUGUAUAGUCUUGAUAGUCAUGACUAUAGUCUUAAUAGUUAUGACUAUAGUCCAUUUUGCCAUAUGACAUGUUCUUGGAAAGAUUUCGCGACGACAAGAAGUUAGAGAAAACAACCAGCGUACUAAAGACCUAUACUGGUGAACUGAUCGUUCCAGUUGGUUGCCUUACCAUGCAAGUUGAAUACUUACAUCAAUCAUGUCUAUUGCCAUUCCAUGUAGUCCAGACUAUGGGUCCAGUGUUAAUGGGUCGAGAUUGGCUUCACAAGCUUCGUCUCGACUGGAAAACCAUCAAGUUGUUGAAAUCCUCAGAUCCCAGCCAUAGAAACCCUGGCACGACUACACAAGAGAAGCUGAAAAUCAUAUUGGAUACGUAUGCAGAGGUUUUUGAAGACAAGCUGGGAACUUUCAAAUCUGCCAAAGCAAGGAUAACCCUCAAAGAAGGUAGUCAACCACAGUUUCGCAAAGCUCGUAAGGAAUAACUGAAGAGACUUCAGAGCGAAGGUAUUUUGUCGAAAGUAGAGUGGAGUGAUUGGGCGACACCGAUUGUACCAGUGCCGAAACAAGAUGGUUCAGUCCGUAUUUGUGGGGACUUCAAAGGUACUAUUAACCCAACAUUACAAGCAGAACAGUAUCCUCUGCCACGAAUCGAAGGCAUUUUUGCCCAUUUAGCUGGUGGGAAAAAGUUUUCCAAGAUUGACCUCCGCCAAGCUUACCAUCAGAUUGAGUUGGAGGAAGAAUCCAAGAAGUACCUUACAAUUAAUACGUCCAUGGGCUUGUUUCAAUACAAUCAAUUGGUGUUUGGUAUUACCUCGGCUCCCGCCAUUUGGCAGCGUACCAUGGAUCAAAUUCUGGAAGGAACUUCUGGUAUUAGUUGUAUCCUAGAUGAUAUGAUUGUGACGGGUAAAAGCGACGCAGAGCAUAUGGCUAACCUGGAGGAGGUCCUUCGACGGCUGUACCACCAUAGGUUAAGGGCCAAUAAAUCGAAGUGUGAGUUCUUCAAAGAAAAGAUCACGUUCUGUGGCCACGACAUUAAUAGCGAAGACCUGCACAAGACCACCAACAAGACAGCUGCAAUGGUGAAUGUCCCUCGCCCCCAGAGUAUUGCAGAGGUACGCUCCUUCCUGGGAUUGGUGAAUUAUUACCACAAAUUCCUGCCAAACCUUGCUACCAUCCUGCAUCCAUUGAACCAAAUGCUGGAAAGUAACUACCAAUGGAACUGGACAGAUCAAUGCGAAGAAGCUUUUUGCAAAGUGAAAGCAAUGAUUGUUUGAGAUCUGGUGCUUACACAUUAUGACCCUAACCUUCCCUUACAACUGGCUUGUGAUCUUCACCUGUAGGAAUUGGAGCGGUACUGUCCCAUGUCAUGGCAGACGGCACAGAGCGACCGAUAGCGUUUGCAUCGAGAUCCCUGUCGAAGGUGGAGCGCAACUACGCACAGAUAGAUAAAGAAGCGCUGGCUACAGUGUGGGGAGUCAAGAAAUUCCACAAUUACCUUUUCGGUAGGAACUUUACCUUACUGACUGAUCAUGAGCCUCUCACUUCAAUCUUUCAUCCCAGCAAAAGCCUUCCUGCUGUCACUGCUGCUAGAUUACAACGCUACGCUUUGUUCUUGGCGGGUUUUGACUAUACAAUCAGAUACAAGAACACUAAGUUACACGGAAAGGCGGAUGGUUUGUCUCGAUUACCCUUGCAUAGUGAGACACCAGAAGAAGAGCCAGAUCCAGUGGGCCUCUUCUAUGCCACACAGUUUGAGCCCUUGCCAGUCACAGCAGAACAGGUCAAACGAGAAACACAGAGAGAUCCUCUAUUGGUGAAGGUCCAUGAGUUAGUUAUGAAAGGAUGGUCCACUCCACAAGAUGAAGCGAUUAAACCGUUUUACCAGCGGAAAGACGAACUGACAGUUCACUGUGGUGUCCUAAUGCUUGGACACAGAGCAAUCAUUCCUGCAAAGUUGCGUAAUCAAGUGUUAACCGAGCUCCACGAAGGUCACCUCGGUAUUGUUAAAAUGAAGUCUCUGGCGCGAAGUUACAUCUGGUGGCCCAAAAUUGAUAAGGACAUUGAGCACCUAGCCAAGAGCUGCCCUGGUUGUCAAGACAUCCAAUUUCUGCAGUCGAAGACAAAGUCGAUUUCACGCUAAAUAUAGCCGGCUUAAAAGUUUUAUCGCAAGUCGGCUCGAAUCCCAGUUUCCUCACGACAUUUCACUUUACUUUAAGCGGUAUACCAAUAGCGUUUAAUGCUGUUUCGUGCCUGUUCGUUAUCGUAUUGUCUAGUUCACAUAACCGUUUUUUGAAGCUUCUCCGUUUGUUUACCAACGCCAGACAGGCUUUACAAAUGCUAUUUGAAGGUAAAAUGGAGAAGGAAAGGUCGUCUAACUCCUUACGUAUGUUCCCCUUGCUGUCCAAGAAAUUACUAUCGCUUUUAUUCGACGGGACUUUGAAGCAAAGAACACAUUUGUAUUGCACAAAGCCCACCAUGGUCCAUGGAACAUUUUAAUAUAAAGCGCGCACACGUCAUAAAUUUGAAUAAAUUGAAGUUAAUUUACCCAAAACGUAAAACGGAUAUGACGUAGCCGGGCAAGCUUUUCUUCGUUUAUUCGUAAACCCCUCACGAAACGUGUUUCUGCUGGGGUCUACACCGUAAGCUACCUUUGCAUGCUAGUUCGCUUCGCUCCCAUGAGACAUUUAAUUAGAAUUAGAACUUUGCUUCGGAAAAAAUGUUUCUCUAUAGAAUUCACUGUGUAAAAAUUCCAUAACAUAAGAGAAACAUUUAGAUAAACAUUUAGAAGAGAUACACGCUGUAUAGUCUUGAUAGUCAUGACUAUAGUCUUAAUAGUUAUGACUAUAGUCCAUUUUGCCAUAUGACAUGUUCUUGGAAAGAUUUCGCGACGACAAGAAGUUAGAGAAAACAACAAGCGUACUAAAGACCUAUACUGGUGAACUGAUCGUUCCAGUUGGUUGCCUUACCAUGCAAGUUGAAUACUUACAUCAAUCAUGUCUAUUGCCAUUCCAUGUAGUCCAGACUAUGGGUCCAGUGUUAAUGGGUCGAGAUUGGCUUCACAAGCUUCGUCUCGACUGGAAAACCAUCAAGUUGUUGAAAUCCUCAGAUCCCAGCCAUAGAAACCCUGGCACGACUACACAAGAGAAGCUGAAAAUCAUAUUGGAUACGUAUGCAGAGGUUUUUGAAGACAAGCUGGGAACUUUCAAAUCUGCCAAAGCAAGGAUAACCCUCAAAGAAGGUAGUCAACCACAGUUUCGCAAAGCUCGUAAGGAAUAACUGAAGGGACUUCAGAGCGAAGGUAUUUUGUCGAAAGUAGAGUGGAGUGAUUGGGCUGCAAACACAAUACAAAAAUACACAAAAAACAUUAUAAAACCAUUAAAGGUAAACAAGUAUUUUAGUUUUUGUUCGCGUAAAAUGUUUUACAAAAUUCAGUUUUAAUUUUAAAAUUUCAUUGAGUGUAUGUUAUUUUGUCUAUUUUCUUACCCUUAAAAAUUGCCAUUCCAUAUUUUUGUUGCUUUUUCGUGUUUUUUUUUAGUACAGAAUUGUUCAACAAGUCGUCCAAAAAAAUCAUCAGACACUUCGGCAAAAGUGCAAAACGCGAAUUUUCCGCCAUUUUGAAUUUUCUAUUAGUAGGCUAUCACUAAUAGCCUACUAGUAGCGUAGCCAAUCAGAAGCCACGAUAUGUGAUAGCCUACUAGUAGGUUUAUACUAAAGUCUUAAUAGUCAUGACUAUAGUCUUAAUAGUCAUACCUAUAGCCUUAAUAGUCAUGACUAUAGUCUUAAUAGUCAUAACUAUAGCCUUAAUAGUCAUAAGUAUAGUCUUAUUGUAGUCAUUACUAUAGUCUUAAUAGUCAUGACUAUAGUCUUAACAGUGAUGACUAUUGUUAGAUAUAUAGAUGGACAGCGGUCAUACGCACGGACAUGCGCAUUAGAUAUGUAGAUCGGCCAUGCUUGUGUAUUAUUCAUAUUUUGUUAAAAGUAUAAUCUAAAUACACGACAGUGGCGACGAAUUUGGGAUUGUUAUAAGUCCAGAAAUGACGACGAUUGGAAAAAUAGAUGUUUUUGAUGAAACCCAAGAAAGCUGGGAGACGUAUGUCGAACGUGUACAACAUUUUUUCGCAGCAAACGAUGUGCCAACUCUGCUGAGUUUGAUUGGAAGCAAAACGUAUUCAUUAUUAAAGGAUUUACUUUUGCCAGAAAAGCCUGCAAACAAGAACUUUGAUGAAAUAGUAAGUACAUUACAGAAGCAUUUAAAUCCUAAACCACUAGAAAUAGCCGAACGGUUUCGUUUUUAUAAGAGAAAUCAGCAAGAAGGGGAGAGCAUUUUAAGUUAUAUAGCUGAGUUAAAGAAAUUAACCACACAUUGCAAUUUUGGAAGUAACUUGGAAGAAACCUUGCGCGACAGAUUGGUGUGUGGAUUAAGUAAUCAGCAAAUUCAGAAACGUCUCCUUGCAGAGUCGAAAUUAAAAUUCUCCAAAGCUGUUGACAUAGCUGUUGCUAUGGAAACAGCCACUCGAGAUGCUACGGAGAUCCACAGCGAGUGUAGAGAAGAAAAACCCCUUGGUCUUGACAAACUGACACUGAACAGACCCACGAAUAGAUCAGAUAGUGGCCCACCUUCUCCUGUAGUGUGUUAUCGAUGUGGAGCUAAUACCCAUGUUGCAACUGAGUGUAAAUUUAGGAAAGAAGUCUGUCACAAGUGUGGAAAGAGAGGUCAUAUUCAAAGAGCUUGCCGGGCACAACAAACCCAAGGGCCCGGUCGACCCUCGCCCAGAUCAAGAUACCAGAAAUCGACCCAUGCCAUAGAGAGCGAACCAGAUGAGUAUAGGCAUUUGUUGAAUAACCUAGAAGUUCAUAAUGUAAACAAAUCAAGCAGUGAUGUCAUAUGGGUUGACGUGAAAGUUGAAAAUCAAUCACUAUCCAUGGAACUAGUCACAGGAUCGGCCGUGUCCAUUUUGCCAUAUGACAUGUUGUUGGAAAGAUUUCGCGACAAGAAGUUAGAGAAAACAACCACUGUACUAAAGACCUAUACUGGUGAACUGAUCGUUCCAGUUGGUUGCCUUACCAUGCACGUUGAAUACUUAGAUCAAUCAUGUCUAUUGCCAUUCCAUGUAGUCCAGACUAAGGGUCCAGUGUUAAUGGGUCGAGAUUGGCUUCACAAGCUUCGCCUCGACUGGAAAACCAUCAAGUUGUUGAAAUCCUCAGAUCUCAGCCAUAGAAACCCUGGCAUGACUACACAAGAGAAGCUGAAAAACCUAUUGGAUACGUAUGCAGAUGUUUUUGAAGACAAGCUGGGGACUUUCAAAUCUGCCAAAGCAAGGAUAACCCUCAAAGAAGGUAGUCAACCGCAGUUUCGCAAAGCUUGUCAGGUCCCAUAUUCCUUACGAUCGAAAGUGGAGGAAGAACUGAAGAGACUUCAGAGCGAAGGUAUUUUGUCGAAAGUAGAGUGGAGUGAUUGGGCGACACCGAUUGUACCAGUGCCGAAACAAGAUGGUUCAGUCCGUAUUUCUGGGGACUUCAAAGGUACUAUUAACCCAUUCUUGCCAAUUUAGCUGGUGGGAAAAAGUUUUCCAAGAUUGACCUCCGCCAAGCUUACCAUCAGAUUGAGUUGGAGGAAGAAUCCAAGAAGUACCUUACAAUUAAUACGUCCAUGGGCUUGUUUCAAUACAAUCGAUUGGUGUUUGGUAUUACCUCGGCUCCCGCCAUUUGGCAGCGUACCAUGGAUCAAAUUCUGGAAGGAACUUCUGGUGUUAGUUGUAUCCUAGAUGAUAUGAUUGUGACGGGUAAAAGCGACGCAGAGCAUAUGGCCAAUAUGGGCCAAUAA